UUAUAUACAAAUAGAUCUUGGGUAUAUUAUACAAAUAGAUCAAUGUGACACACACAAUGAGGCUAGCGAAUUCUGCUCCAAUAAUCAAUGGAAAGCAGAGAUAUGCAGUCAACAGUGUGUCGUUUAUUCCAGCUGAUACACCACUCAAGCUAGCUGACUACUUCAAAAUCUCUGGAGUGUUUUCGCUUGGAAGCAUCCAAGACAGCCCCACUGGCGGCGGGGCUUAUCUCCAAACUUCUGUCAUGGCUGCUGAUUUCAGAGGCUAUGCUGAGGUUGUGUUUGAGAAUGAAGAAGACUCUGUACAGUCAUGGCAUAUUGAUGGCCAUAACUUCUUUGUUGUGGGUAUGGAUGGAGGGCAAUGGUCCCCUGAGGCUAGAUUAAGAUACAAUUUGAGGGACACAAUUUCUCGUUGUACUGUUCAGGUUUAUCCCAAAUCAUGGACUGCAGUUUACAUGCCUUUGGAUAAUGUGGGAAUGUGGAACAUAAGGUCUGAAAACUGGGCUAGGCAGUACUUGGGGCAACAACUCUAUCUUCGAGUGUAUUCACCUGCAAAUUCAUGGAGAGAUGAGUAUCCAAUCCCAAAGAAUACUCUUCUUUGUGGGAGAGCAUUAGGUCGUAGGACCAGGCCUUUGUAAAAACAGCAUUUCUUCAUCAACAAAAAGAGUACAAAUGUCACGAGUGGGUGACAAGGUUUAGAGGAUUUUAAUUCUAUAGAAGAGAAUAUGUAGCAAUGGUUUAUUGUGAGCAUUCUUUUACUUUGUAGUAGCGUUGUUUUGAACUGUUCCAAGUGGGACUGAUAGGAGAUAAUUGUUAGAGUACCACUCGUAUUCUUUUUUCCUUUCCUAUUUCUUCCCUUUUCUCUAUUAAUUUUAAAAAUUAGUGUUUCAUAUUGUGUUAAA